ACCUGGAGGCUGCAGGACCAGGGGCUAUGGGACCGGAGCCCCCACGGGGAGCAGGAGCUGCGGCCCCGGGGCUGGAAGCGGUGGCAAACCCCAGCCCCGGGGGCUCUGCGUCCCGCAGGUCGCGGCGGUGAGACGGUGCGGAGCAUCUGCCACAGCUCGGGGGCCAAGGUGCUGUGCGAGCGUAAGGCCGAGGCCGGCCUGGCCCCGACGCGGCUCAUCCGCCUCUCGGGGACGCGGCAGGAGGUGGCGGCCGCCAAGAAGCUGAUCAUGGAGAAGCUGCUGGAGGACGACGCCUUUCGGAAGGAGCUGGCCCGGGCAGCGGCGGCGCGGGGCCACCGCAAGCAGCCCCUGGGCAGCCGGAGGCAGCCGGAGCUGCGCCCCCCCCCCGAGCACGAGGCUGGGGCCGGGGCCGGGGGCUUGCUGGGGGGCGUCGCUGCGCUGCUGGGUGGGGGUCCCGCCGAGGAACCCGGGGAGGAGAGCGAGGCCCCGGAGGAGCUGGUGGCGGUGGAUGUGGCGGUGCCGAAAUUUGAAGUUCCCAGCCCCGAGUUCGGCUUCCCCGGGGCCGAGCCCCUGGAGGUUUACGUCUCGGCCGCCGAGAACCCCGAGCACUUCUGGGUGCAGCUGGUCGGCGAGCGCAGCCUGCAGCUGGACAAGCUGACGGCCGAGAUGUCGCACUACUACCAGGGCAGCGGCCGCGCGGCGGAGCUGGCGGCCGUGCGGCCGGGGGACAUCGUGGCCGCUCCCUACGGGGCCGGCAGCGACUGGUACCGGGCGCGGGUGCUGGGAGCGCUGCCCGGCGGCAGCUGGGACCUGCACUACGUCGACUUCGGGGACGACGGCGAGGCGCCGCCAGCCGCCCUGCGAGCCCUGCGGAGCGAUUUCCUGAGCCUCCCUUUCCAGGCCAUCGAGUGCAGCCUGGCCGGCGUCGCGCCCGCGGGCGCCCAGUGGGCCGAGGCGGCGCUGGACGCCUUCGAGCGCCUGACGCACUGCGCGCGCUGGAAGCCGCUGCAGGCCAGGGUCUGCAGCUACGGCCGGCGGGGGCCACGCACGUGGCCGCGCGUCUCGCUGCGCGACGAGGACCUCGACGUCGGCGCGGAGCUGGUGCGGCUGGGCCACGCUGCGGCACGGCCAUGGGAGGAGGAGGAGGAGGAGGAGGAGGAGGAGGCAGGGGAUGAAGCGCUGCAGUGGGGGAUGGAGACCCCGGUGAGAGGACCCGCG